GAUUUUUCAAGCACCAAAAUUGAUAUGCAUGACAUUCAGCCAUCGCCAUCUUCUUCUCUACUGUACUUCGGUCACCAAGAAAAUUACAAAUUCUCAAUUUCAAAACGAAUAUUUUUCAAAAGUUUUUAAAUAAUGGGUAUUUUGAGAAGUAUGGCCUUGAACGACAAUAAAAUUAUUUCCUAUGGCAUGAUACUAUUUCUUACUAUAGCGACAUUUUGUGGGCAUAAGGUAGAAGAAGGCCAUGUUGGGAUUUAUUAUCAGGGAGGUGUCCUGCAGAGAGAAAUUAGCUACCCCGGCUAUCAGUUUGGGAUACCAUUCAUUACCACUUUCGAGACAGUUCAGGUAACUUCGAGGAUAUCUACAAUCAAAAAUGUAUCAUGCGGAACAAAUGAAGGCAUAAUGAUUACUUUUGAUUCAAUUGAAGUUGUACAUCAAUUAGAUUCGGAAAGCGUUGUUGAUAUCAUCAAAAACUACACAAGAAAUUACGAAGACAUUCUGAUCAAACACAGGGUGCCCCACAAAUUAAACCUGUUCUGCAGCAGGCACACAACUCAAGAGAUAUACAUCGAUCUAUUCAAGGAAAUCGGGAGUGAGCUCAGAGAGAUGUUGCAAGACGACCUGAUUUCGCUGGCCCCUGGCCUGAAGAUACACUCGGCGACGUUGUCCAAACCGAACAUUCCACGAGAUUUGGUGAAGAAUUUAGAAAGGAUAGAACUCGAAGCGACUAAUUUUCGCAUUGCUGCAGAACGUCAAAAGGUACUGGAAAAAGAAGCCGAAGUAGAGAUGAUCAGAGCUACCCUAAAAGCUGAAAAAGAAGCUCGACUGGAGAGUAUCCGAUUAGAGAAAAGGCUGAUAGAAUUGGAAUUAUUGCGGAAAAUUGCCCUAAUUGAAAAUGAAAUUCACGCGGCACGACAAAAAAAUCUUGUCGACGAGGAAAUCUACAAGUUGCAGAGACAAGCCGAAAUCAAUAAUAUCUUGUACACACCCGAGUACAUAGAAGUGAAGAAAUACGAAGCGAUCACGUGUAACCCAAAAAUUAUGCGCGGUGCCGAUAUCACCAACGUUUUUCCGCCUGCUGUACGAAAGCCACAAGCCCAUGAAUGCCCACCAGAUAAUGAAAUUCUAAAAGUUGGGGACACUAGGACAAACACAACUUUUGUAUAGUGGUGCAGUUGAGUCGAGUUGAAUUUUCAUGUGUCAAUGUGUAGGCCUUUUGCCUCCCUUUGUUUGUGAUUAUGUUGUGUAUGUAGUCUAUAUAUUAUAUGAAGAAAAAUAUGAUC